CCCGCCUGCCUGCAGCGCCACUCGCACUGUUCCCCCUCCUUACCCCGAGAGGGGACCCAUGCGUCCGAACCCCUCCCCGCUAGGCCUCCACGUCGCCGACCCGCAAUGGCCAAGCGCAGUUCACUGUCCAUCCGAAUCGUAGAAGGGAAAAAUCUGCCCGCCAANGACAUGGACUUAGCACCAAAAGAUCGGAAUGGCGCAUCUGACCCUUUUGUCCGAGUGCACUACAAUGGCCGGACCCAGGAGACCUCGGUGGUGAAGAAAUCCUGCUACCCACGCUGGAAUGAGACAUUUGAUUUUGAGUUGGAAAAAGGAGCCUCAGAAGUACUGCUGGUGGAGGCCUGGGACUGGGAUCUUGUUAGCCGGAAUGACUUUCUAGGCAAAGUGNCGGUCAAUGUCCAGAGACUUUGUUCAGCCCAGAAGGAAGAGGGCUGGUUCCAGCUGCAGCCUGACCAGUCCAAAAGCCAUCGAGGCAAGGGCAACCUGGGCUCCUUGCAGUUGGAGGUGCGGCUGCGGGAUGAGACAGUGCUGCCGUCCGUCUGCUACCAGCCCCUGGUACAACUGUUGUGCCAGGAGGUGAAGCUGGGCACUCAGGGCCCAGGACGGCUGAUUCCUGUCAUUGAGGAGACAACUAGUGCCGAGUGUCGCCAGGAAGUGGCCACCACCCUGCUCAAACUCUUCCUGGGGCAGGGGCUGGCCAAGGACUUUCUGGAUCUGCUAUUUCAGCUCGAGCUGGGCCNCACCAGUGAAGCCAACACCCUCUUCCGGAGCAAUUCUCUGGCCUCAAAGUCCAUGGAGUCUUUCCUGAAGGUGGCAGGGAUGCGCUAUCUGCAUGGCAUCCUGGGCCCCAUCAUUGACAGAGUGUUCGAGGAGAAGAAGUACGUGGAGCUGGACCCCAGCAAAGUGGAAGUUAAGGAUGUAGGGUGNUCUGGGCUGCACCGCCCACAGACCGAAGCUGAAGUGUUAGAGCAGAGUGCACAGACGCUGCGUGCCCACUUGGUGGCGCUGCUGAGCGCCAUAUGCCGCUCGGUUCGCACGUGUCCAGCCAUCGUCCGCGCCACAUUCCGGCAGCUGUUCAGGCGCGUGCGCGAGCGCUUCCCGAGCGCCCAGCACCAGAACGUACCAUUCAUCGCGGUCACCAGCUUCCUGUGUCUGCGCUUCUUCUCUCCCGCCAUCCUGUCGCCCAAGCUCUUCCACCUGCGAGAGCGACAUGCAGAUGCCCGCACCAGNCGCACGCUGCUUCUGCUGGCCAAGGCNGUCCAGAAUGUAGGCAAUAUGGACACACCGGUCUCCAGGGCCAAAGAGUNGUGGAUGGAACCACUCCAGCCUACUGUGCGCCAGGGCGUGGCGCAGCUGAAGGACUUCAUUAUGAAGCUCGUAGACAUAGAAGAAAAGGAAGAGCUGGACCUGCAGCGGNCUUUGAACUCACAGGCACCGCCUGUGAAGGAGGGACCAUUGUUCAUCCACAGGACCAAAGGCAAAGGCCCUCUUGCGUCCUCCUCGUUCAAGAAACUCUACUUCUCCCUUACCACUGAAGUCCUCAGCUUUGCCAAGACGUCCAGCUCCAAGAAAAGCACCUUCAUCAAGCUGGCCAGCAUCCGGGCUGCGGAGAAGGUGGAGGAAAAGAGCUUCGGCAGCUCCCACAUCAUGCAAGUCAUCUACGCAGAUGAUGUUGGCCGUGCCCAGACUGUCUACCUGCAGUGCAAGGUGUGGCCUGUGGAGGGCGCUCUGGGGAGGAGGCUGCAGCAAUAUCAGGGAUGUGACAAGACCCACUCUCGGGUGACCCUGCAGGAAUGGAAUGACCCACUGGAUCAUGACCUUGAGGCUCAGCUCAUCUAUAGGCACCUGCUAGGCGUGGAGGCUGCUCUUCGGGAAAGAUACCAGCUCCUGCGUGGGACGACAGAAGCCGGCGUCUCACCCACAGGCUGUGAUGGAGCUCCCGAGGACUCGCUGGCCCAGCUGCUUCGUGUGCUGCAAGACCUUCAAGAAGCCCAUGGCUCCAGCCUGGCCAGCCCAGCAGCCAGAGAGCCCCAUCACCUUCUAGAGCUACAGACGUGAGGUGUCNAUGAGGUGUCCAUGGAGUCCCUGUCAGGUGUUUGCAGAUCCUAGAUAUGCUCAGGAUCAUUGUCAACUGUUCUGGGGAGGGCUGUGNCCCAGCAUGGUCUUCUCCAUGUCUGCGAGGGACAACCAUGACACCUGCUUCUUUGGGAGACCCGACUGCUCCUGUAGUCCCCAUGGCCCAGAUUCUUCACCCAGGAGACCAGGCUGCCCACCUCAUACUGCUUUGCCACUGUCUGGCCUCCUAGGUCAGAUGCCACAGUGGUUUGCUGUCAUAAAUAAAUGCUCUGUAACUGCC